AAAAGAUGUUGCGCAUCAUAUUCAAAUGCCAACUUAUGUUUGUGAUCCAAAGCUCAUGGAUGAAGAGAAAUCUUGGGAGCUUUUUAAAAGCAAAGCUUUACCAUCAUACAGAACGUACAUGAUUUGUAAUCCUGACAAGUUUGAAGAAAUAGGGAGAAAACUUGCAAGGAAGUGUGCUGGCCUGCCACUUGCACUUGCAGUUCUUGGGGGGUAUCUAUCGAAGAAUCUAAAUCUAGAUGCAUGGUCAGAUUUGCUUUUGGAUUGGACAUCCAUAGAAGAAGUAGAGGUGGUGGGACACAUACUAGCUCGGAGUUAUAAUGGCUUGUCAAAUAAGUGGCGCAAGUCAUGUUUCCUCUAUGUUGCUUCUUUCCCGGAGGAUUAUGAUAUAACUGUGGCAGAUCUGACUGAAGUCUGGAUAGCUGAAUGCUUCAUUCCACAUACAGCAAGGCAUACAAUGGAAGAAACGGCACAGAGAUAUGUUACCGAUUUGGCUCAAAGAAACUUGGUGCAAUUUGACUUUGCAAUGGCAUCUGGUUAUAUGGCAAUCCAAACAAUAAGGAUUCAUAAUGUUCUACGUGAUUGGUGCAUAGAAGAAGCAAGAAGAGAUGGUUUUCUCCAUAUCAUUGACAAAACUACAGGCCAAGCUGGUGCAUCAUCUUCUGAUACCAUGACGUCCUAUCGUUCUUGUUUUCAUAAUUUCUAUGAUGAUCGGAUUCUCCAGUCAACACCUAAUCUCCGAACAUGGAUUGGUUUUGGACUUUCAGAAGUGUUCCUUCCGAAGCUAAGGUUCCUGAAAGUUCUUUACAUAGAAAAUUCAAGCUCCGGCGGAGGCGGCGGGGGCGGCGGCGACAGGCGGACGGCCAUCGAGCGGAGAUCGGCUAUGAAGGCUGAGAUGGCGUCCCGAUCCGGGGGGAGGCUAAGCGGCCGCCAAAGCUGCAAGAAACCCGAGAAUUUGUAG